AUGACAGACGAGCAUAGCCACGCUCCCUCGAGCACCAAUCAAGCCGAGAUCUUGGCAAUCAACGAGUCCCUUAAGACUGAAAACCAAAGAAUGGCCGAGCUCCUGCGACAAAUGGAGCACGACCGAAGCAAAGGAGAGCACAAAAGUGCCGAAAACAAAGACAACAAUGACGAGCACACCUCGGAAACUAAACAUACCAUCCCUAAAGCCACCAAAAUAACCACCAAAAAAAGAACCAACCCCUUCGCCAAAGAAGUCACGAGCUUCGAAAUGCCCCAAAAUUUCACCCUACCGUCAACCCUAAAACCCUACAAUGGAAUAGGAGAUCCGAACGUCCACGUCACCAAGUUCCAGGCCAUGAUGUUCAUGAAUAAGGAUUCCGAUCCAAUCUUAUGCCGCACUUUCCCAACUUUCCUAGAUGGAGCCGCCCUGAUUUGGUUUUCUAACCUCCCCGAAGGCUCCAUUUCUAGCUUCGACGAACUAGCAGACCAGUUCGUCAACCACUUCGCCGCAUCCAAAAUAUACGUCCAUAACUCUGAUUACCUAAGCACCAUCAAACAGGGACCGAACGAAAGCCUAAAAGACUACAUGACCAGGUUUGCCAAAGCAACUAACGAGAUACCUAACCUAAACCCCGAAGUCCACCUCCAUGCCUUAAAGAGCGGCCUACGACUGGGGAAAUUCCAAGAAUCCAUAGUCAUUGCAAAACCAAAAACCCUGGCCGAGUUCUGCGAAAAAGCAACAACCCAGAUCGAGGUUGAAGAAUUUCGAGCACUACGAAGAGCAAAUAAACCUACCCCAAGCAGAGAGGAGGAAAGGAAAAGCAGACAAUCAAACAGCAGAACGGAUCAGAGAACGUUCAGACUAACACCCAAAUUUGACAACUACACCCCCCUCAAUGCAAAAAGGAAGGACAUCAUAAAGGACAUAUUGCACUCAAAACUCAUCAAGCCCCCAAACAGGGCCGGUACAUAUCAAGAUCAGCGUCACGUGGAUAGGUCAAAAUACUGUGCCUUCCACCAAAAGUAUGGCCACACUACAGAUGACUGUGUAAUAGCCAGAGAUGUCCUCGAAAAACUCGCCCACCAAGGACUGCUGGACAAAUACAUCGACAGCCAAGGAAGGAAGCGAAGCACAGACGAUCUCGGCCAACAACCCAAAGCAACUGACAAUUCCCGAGAUAAGGGGAAAAAGGUAGAUAACAAUAUCAAUCCACCUCGCUGA